UGGAGGCUCACCUUUGUUACCCUGGAUGAAAUGUCGGGUUACAACUUCUUGACCGAGUGAACACGACAUGAAGAAAAGCAUUACUGAGGAAAAAACAUCAAAUCGUCAAGUCGUGCCUGCCGCUCUGUCCUUGUAUUCUUGAAACUUGCCACAAAUGCCCUCGGUCAAAUGUCGGUCAACAUCAUGAUCAUGCUGUGGUUUUUUCGAAUCAAAGUCAGUGCCUUUCAUCUCCUACUGCUUCAGGGCCUCGGUACACGCUGAUGUGCUCCUGAGAAUGAUGAAGUAGAAAUACGUGAAAGUUUAGUCAACAAGUAUACAAAGUCACACAACGCAGAACGAUCUCGAUCAGAUGGCGGAUGUGAUUGCGAAAGCAGGUUGGUGAUUAUAAUUCUCAAUGGACUUAAGCCCUCACGAUCCUGCUCAGGCCGCACGCAAUAUAUGUACAUUCUCAUACAACUACCCAUGAUAAGAUACAUAGAUGAUCUACCCUCUGAUUCUCGAAAUGAUUAUUCAUAGUCCUCCCAUGAGAACGCGUAGGCGUACCCAUAGAUACCACGCAAAGUGGAUGCAGUAGUUGUAGCAUCAUUCACCAUCACCCUCGCAUUGUCCAUAAAGAAAAGCUAUUGAUUGUAAUUCACUAAAGAAGUUCGUUGGAGAUGUUGGUGUGCAAGUACCAUUGUCAUGGUGCUGUGACGAGGGAAUUACUCUUCGGAUCUCGGGGCGGACAUGUCAAAGUAGCUCGUCGCGCACGAAUUGCUUUGGUGAUGAUGUCGCCAAGCAGUACCAAUGGACACCAAGACCAACUACAGUCGUCUCACUAGGGUGUUGUAGCUCGCCCCAGCGACAGCACGGACCUAGUACGUCUGUAUGAUUUGAAAAAAUAAUCCAUGAACACAAGAUGCCUUCCCAACCCGAUCCUCAGAUGAGUAAACAAGCGAAGUCCGCCUCUCCCUGGUGGAUUCAGGGCGGCAAAGGCGGCGUGCUGGACAUUCAAAUGGAGAAACGGGCUCGGGGGAACAAGGUGACAAUUUUGAAGAAUUGCUACGGGGACGUGAAACAGCUCUCGUUGCUGCUCCGCCACCAGUUUCCCCCUUUGACCGACAAUCCUGACGUGUUGAUCUGCGACUCCGAUGGUGCACCAACGGGGAGUCCGGAUAAGGACUCGCCCCACUCGCUGGUUCUACCCGGCGACUGCCGCGUUUCCCUGGAGCACUGGCUGUUUGAAAACUACGACUCAUCCAAGGUGUUGGAAGAGAAAACGGCGCUGCGCGGCAUACGCAAAAUGAGCAACUUGGCGGCGCAGGCGUUGGCAGGAAUGACGGGAAAGAACGAACAGCAGGGUGGAACAAAUAGUGCAGGAGCUAGUAAAUCGCAAGCCGGCGGCUCCUCCUCUUCUACCUCGGGAACGACCGCGAAUACUAACCAAAUGAAGACUACCGUCGGUGCCGACGGGGUUCCUUUGUUAGUCCAGACUACCACAGCGCCGGGCACAAAUAGGGACUUUCUCGACGCGCUGAAGGGGAUCCGGAAGCAGGUUCCCUACGACCACCCCAUGGAGACCGCGCCCUGCUGGGUCUGGCACGGGUGGUGGCCUUACUGCACCGGGAACUGUCAGCAGACGGAAGACAAGGACCUGUUUUUUUGCUUGGAAGCGGACCCGGGGUACAAUGGGAAGGGCGGUGAAGAUGUGGAGCUGCGAGGACCACCUGGUGCUAGAAGUAGAAGUACUGGAGGACAAGAGGAUGCGGUCGGCGUGGAAAUAGAUUCAGCGAGGAGUCGUGGUACAAGCACGUCCGGUACAGUUUCGCCAGCAGGACGACAAAUCACGACGGCGCGUCGCUUCGACACGGCAGAAGCGGGCGCUAUUUUCCGCGAGCUUGGCUUGGUGUCCGAGCUGAAUCAGAAGGCGAUUGAGGAAUACCGGGAAGAGAUGAAAGCCUUCCGCGCAGGAAAAAGGGGCGGGAAUACAAGCAACAAAGCAGCGAGUAGCGCGUCGCCACGAGGUGGCCACGGCCAGCAGCUGCCACCGCAAAGCGAGGCCGAGAAGAGAGAUCGGGAAAGAAGAGAGCAGUAUUUGCAAAAACUGCUCCUUGAUAGGCAAAAGCGCUUACAGAAAGUAGAGGAAAAACACGUGUGCGACAUUUGCGGCCACGUGUUCGGGUUACGGAAGACUCUCCGGGUGCACCGGGCGCGAGCGCACGAAUGGGCGCCGGAGCUGGUGGAUGAGAAAUCGAAAAGAGCGAAAAGGAACGGGGCACAAGCGGCAGCUCCAUUGGUUCCCCAGCAUCGACUGCUCCAGCAGGGAUUAGCGAAAGGCUUUCAACCCUUGCAGGUUCCAUCACUGUCGCCUAAUGGUGGAUUUUCGACCAAUAAUAAGGGCGGAGAUACCAGUAGUGCAAACUCAACUUCCAGCACACUGAUGAACUGGGCUAACGGCUUGAGUUUUGGCGGAGGUUUUGGUGCAGCAUCCUCGUCCUCUAGCGCCAGCGCCACCCCCGCGGGUGGAGCAGCAACUGGAACGACGAUGCUUGGAGGCGGGGUUCCCAUGUCAGACGUGCGAUCGCGAAAAUUGCAGCAGCAGGCCAUGCUCAACGAGCCACAGGCGAUCGACGUGGACGACUGGCCGACCAGUGAAGAUGAUGCAGGAGGAACGGGGAAUAACAAAGCAGCACGGCCGGGACCACACACGAUUGGGCUUCACCACAUAAUUCAGAAAAAAACGAAAGCUACGAAGGCGAGCCGGGCAAAGCAAAAGGUCCUUGCGACAAAAAGCGUCCGUGCCGAUAAAACGCUGUUUAGGCCAGAAGAUCGUGGUCGCACGGGUGCUGGUAAGAGAGGCGCUUUCGUCUCUGAUCCUCAAACUACAGAGAAUAAAUUCAAUGCUUCAAUACACAGCAGCGCAGCAGUCUUCCGUAUUCAACUCGACGGCAUUGAGGACCUCUACGUGGAUCACACUGGAAACCCACUGCCGCAGGAUUCUGUCGCGGUGCAAGAGGCUCUUCACGAAGUGGCGCUGAGUAGGAAGCAAAUACCGAUUUUUGGGUCGACGGGGGUGCAUUGUCCGAAUGAGAAGACGAACCUUGUCGAGGAGGACUACGAGCAGCUGCCGGAGCACUCAACGACAGAAAGCGACACGGACGGUUCCGACGCGGAAUUUCGCAAGGUUUUAGAACUUUCGAUGAAAGAAGACGCGGAGCGGCGGAGGAUGGAGGAGCAACGGCGGGAAGAGGAGGAUCUGCAGCUUGCGAUCGCUUUGUCAAAAAACGUCAAUCAUGGUGAAAUUACGGAAGUAGAAACUAGUAACACGCAAGGUCCUAGCGGUGUCAAGAGCAAGUCGGCACCUCUUGCAUCCGGGAGCUCAAGAGCCAGGACGGACCAUGACAGGCACAAAAGCGCUGGCGGUGGUCUUCACGAACCUCAGAGCGACCUUGCACUAGAUCCAGAGGAAGAGAUCCCUUUGGAGGUCAUCCUGGCCUCUCUGGAGGACGAAGCCGCAGCGAAGAGAAAUCAGGACCAGUUUCUCAAUUUGGCCGAAAUGCUGCACGGAGCGUCCGACGAAACGGUGGACCUCGUGAUAAGAUUGCUAGAAGAGGAGGAGGACGGGGAGGACAGCGACGGGUGA